AUGUUACCACAUGAGAAGAUAAAAUUCGAUCAAGUUGAUUGUGAUUUUGGAUCAAAAUAUUGGUUACCUAUACAAUGGGCACUUUCUAUUGUUUGUACCUCUCGUCAAAGACAAUUAAUUGACAGUGAUUAUUACUGUGAACGCAUUUGUGAGGAAAUUAGAUGCUUCCGAAAUAAUUUAGCUAAUUUACGGAAAUUUGAUUGGGUACCAUUACCGUUAGCAUAUCCUCAAUUAGUAUAUCUGGCAAUACAUGUCCACUUUUUUAUAAUACUUAUUUCAAAGCAAGAAAUUAUCCUAUCAGCGGCACAAAAUAAUACGACAGAAACGUCACGUACCAUAGCAAUUGAAAUUAGAUGCUUCCGAAAUAAUUUAGCUAAUUUACGGAAAUUUGAUUGGGUACCAUUACCGUUAGCAUAUCCUCAAUUAGUAUAUCUGGCAAUACAUGUCCACUUUUUUAUAAUACUUAUUUCAAAGCAAGAAAUUAUCCUAUCAGCGGCACAAAAUAAUACGACAGAAACGUCACGUACCAUAGCAAUUUUAAAUCGAUGGUUCCCAUUAACACCAGCUAUAAAAUUCUUUUUUUAUAUGGCUUGGAUAAAGGUUGCAAUGGUACUUAUUAAUCCAUUUGGUGAAGAUGAUGAUGAUUUCGAAACAAAUGCACUCAUUGAUCGAAACUUUAAAGUAGGGAUGAAAAUUGCAGAUGGUACAAGUGAUGAUGUACCAAAACAGUUGAAAGAUGCAUUUUGGAAUCGUAAUAUUGAAGCAUUAUAUAGCGAACAAUCUAUUAAAAACAAUGAAAGACAAGAUGGUUUAGUGGGUUCAGCUACAAAAUUUACGUAA